UGCUGACACCAACCAGACUUAGCUUGUUGCCAACCAGCACUUUGAGUAGCUCUGAUGUAAGAGAUAGUUUUACAUUCCAAAAGGGGAGGGACCCGAGAGUUGGGAAAGGAAAGCAGGAAAGUAAGAUAUUGAUAUUGUUGGGCUUCCCUGUGAGAAUGUUCAGAGUCCUAACCCCUCUCCCCCUACCCCGUUGACUUCAUGCCAGCAGUGGGGUAUAGAAAAUGUGUUAGAAACCUCUGAUAGGGCCUCUUUUACCAAGGACCCGCCAACAUGGGCCGCGUUCACACCCAAACCAUGAAGAAGGCAGUCCGGGUCAUCAUAGAAAAGUACUACACGUGCCUGGGCAACGACUGCCACACGGACAAGCACGUGUGUGAGGAGAUCACCAUUAUCCCCAGCAAGAAGCUCCACAACAAGAUAGCAGGCUAUGUCACGCAUCUGAUGAAGUGGAUUCGGAGGGACGCAGUAAGAGGUAUCUCCAUCAAGCUGCAGGAGGAGGAGGGAGAAAAAAGAGACAAUCAUGUUCCCGAGGUCUCAGCCCUGGAUCAGGAGAUCAUUGAAGUAGAUCCUGAUGCUAAGAAAAUGCUUUUGGACUCCAGCAUUUGGCAGUCUGUCCAACCUGCAGGUCAGUCAGUCUACAGGUGACAUGACUUUCAAAACGCCUCAGGGAUCUGUUUGAAUCUUUCUGCAAUACUGUAAUAUUUUCAAGAAACCUAGGACAACGGCACAAAACAAACGAACAAAAAUAAACCUCUGAUUGGUUUGGUGGGGUUAGGGCCUGAGGCAAGAGGGCACUCGUGCCUUGCUCCCCAAGCUGUAGCGUAGGCAGACAGUGAGGCCCUUAGAGAGGC